UGACCUAUCUUUCCAAGUGUUGUCCUGCUCAGUUUCAUACUUCCAUGUCAUUCGAGACAGAAAUUUGUAUAUAAGGAUGCUAAGAGAUAUAACUGCUUGCUGGGACAGGAUAGCAAUGGGCAGGAGGACAGAGAUUCUCGGCCGACUACGUGUUCAGAUGUGUGCUAUUCUCAGCUCCGUUUUGAUUUUUCCUCUGCUAUUGAUUGUCACAUACAAUGGCUCUAUUAGCGUUUGGAAGAAGGUAUUGGUGACUGUAACUUUUAUUUUACCUGAACUUAUACAGUUUGCAAUGAUAUCAUUUUAUUUGAUAAUGAUUCUGAUGAUAGUCGCGCUUCUGAAGAAUAUUGAAGAGGAGAUUACAAUCUUAGAUCUAAUAAAUAAUACAACGGUUGGAGUAAGAUCGGGCAUGAGCCUAUUCAAGAUAAAGAAUGUAUACGUGAAGACGCUAAAGAUGAAGCGGCGGGUGGUCGCGGCGCUCCAGGCACCGCUGCUGGUGACGAUGGCGGUGACCUUCCACGAGCUGGAGGGGCUGCCCCACAUGAUAUGCCAUGGUCGAGUCUAUGUGCAGAGCUUCUCUUUGAAUAAUACUAUUGAACUCAGUCUAUGGAGCUUCAUGCAACUGCUAAAAAUAUCUGAAUUGUUCUAA